GACUCUAGAGAGAGAGCGAGAGAUUAAAAGAAAAAAAAAAAAAGAAGAUGACUUAAAAAUUAAAAUACAUGUUUAGAUAGAGAAAACACAUACAAAUACAGCACAAUAACCAGCAAAGGAAACCUCUCCGUUCCCUCAUCGUAGAAAUCCAUAAAUCUUGAUUUUAAUUUUAAUUUGGUUUUGUUCUUCUCCGAUAUAAACUCCGGCCACCUCCUCGUUACGUACACACCUCAGAGAAAAUCGCUAAGCUUUCUCCUUCGCUUUUUUAUUUUUAUUUAUUUAUUUUUUUAAUUUUCGUUUCUUCAUUCUCCUCCUCCAAAUGGUUGUUAUGAUGGAGGAUAAUGAGAGUUGUGGAAGCAGAGUUCACGAUACAACGACGUCGUCUUCGUCUUCUCCGUCGCUUUCACUUGCUCAGGGACGGCAUCAGAGACAGAAGCUAGAGGUUUACAAUGAGGUUCGUCGUCGGCUCAAAGAAUCGAACAAUGAAGAGGCUAAUCGGCCUGGUUUUGACGAUGAACUAUGGGCUCACUUUCAUCGUCUUCCUACUCGGUAUGCAUUGGAUGUGAAUGUGGAGAGGGCAGAAGAUGUACUUAUGCACAAGAGAUUACUGGAAUUGGCUCAUGAUCCCGACAAUCGACCUUCCAUUGAAAUCCGCCUCGUGCAGGUUCAUCCUGUUUCUGAUGGGACUUCAGUUGAUUCUAACCUUUCAGAUACACCUCAUAAAGGAGAUGCCCAAAGUAGUAGAAAGAGUUGGUUUCAAUGGUCAGCAUUCAUCCUCCACCUGCCUUUGGUUCAUCACCUAACCUUGAAGCCCUUGCACUUGAAGCAACUAAAUACGAAAAUGAUGAUGGUGAUAAUUCUGUGCAUGCAAAUUCAAUGUUCUCUAGCUGAUGACAAGCCAAAACUUCUUAGUCAGUUGACUUCCUUACUUGCUGAGAUUGGGUUGAACAUCCAAGAAGCACACGCUUUCUCCACAGUUGAUGGCUACUCCUUGGAUGUAUUUGUUGUUGAUGGUUGGCCAAAUGAGGAAACGGAGCAGCUUAGAAUUGCCUUGGAAAAGGAAAUAUUUAGAAUUGAGAAGCAAAAUUGUUCGAAUCAUCAUUCAUUGUCACAUACUAGUGAGCAUGAGCAAACCCAAAUCAAAUGUGAUUCUGAUCCUGUGGCAAUACCUAAUGAUGGGACUGAUGUCUGGGAAAUUGAUAUUAACAACCUGAAGUUUGAGAACAAAGUUGCAUCUGGAUCAUAUGGUGAUUUGUACAAGGGUACAUACUGUAGUCAAGAAGUGGCUAUUAAAAUCCUUAAGCCUGAGCGUAUAGAUUCGGAUUUGCAGAAAGAGUUUGCCCAGGAAGUCUUCAUAAUGAGGAAAGUUAGACAUAAGAAUGUUGUGCAGUUUAUUGGUGCAUCUACGAAGCCUCCAAGUUUGUGCAUUGUAACAGAAUUUAUGUCUGGUGGAAGUGUGUAUGACUACCUACACAAACAGAAGGGUGUCUUUAAACUCCCAUCUCUGCUUAAAGUAGCUAUUGAUGUUUCUAAAGGAAUGAACUACUUGCACCAAAAUAAUAUAAUACACAGGGAUUUGAAGGCUGCAAAUCUUCUCAUGGAUGAAAAUGAAGUGGUUAAGGUUGCUGAUUUCGGGGUUGCUAGAGUAAAGGCUCAAUCCGGAGUUAUGACAGCUGAAACUGGAACCUAUAGAUGGAUGGCCCCUGAGGUCAUCGAACACAAACCAUAUGACCACAAGGCUGAUGUUUUUAGUUUUGGGAUCGUGUUAUGGGAGUUGUUAACCGGAAAGCUUCCAUACGAGUACUUAACCCCUUUACAGGCAGCUGUUGGUGUGGUUCAAAAGGGUCUACGACCAACAAUUCCGAAGCACACUAAUCCAAAGUUGUCUGAGCUACUCGAGAAAUGUUGGCAGCAAGAUCCAGCUCUACGACCAGACUUUUCUGAAAUCAUACAGAUUCUGCAGCAAAUAGCAAAGGAGGUUGGGGUGGAAGGCGAGGGGCGCAAGGAAAAAUCAUCUGGAGGAUUCCUAUCUGUGUUACGAAGGGGGCAUCACCACUAAAGCAGAAAGGAGAUGCGAAGUUGUUCAUAAGCUGAUGAAGAAAGUGUUUAAUUGUUGUGAACCAUCUUUUCAUCUAUCUGAUCAUCAAUGUUGGCUGCAGCAUUUUGUCUAAAUAAUUAAUAUUCCAUUUUUCACAUUGUUUGAUCACAGCAUUAAAGUCGGUAAUGGGGGGUUGUGCAGACAAGCUUUGUAAGAGUAAAUGACCAUAUCGAGCGGCCUUAUAACACAGCAAUUAGUGAUUUGAGCAUUUAUCUUACAAUUCAUGUCGUUUGAUUAUUGCAAUACCAAGGCAUGGGAUGGGACGAGUUAUGGAUUUUGCAUGAAGCAUUUGAAUAUGGAAUGAAUAUUUCUGUGCGUGUUUUAA